CGAUUGAGAACUAUUCGCACGCUCUGCUUAACGAUUAUCCGUCUCAGCGUCAGACGGUUUAUUAUGACAAAGAGUGGAUUAGUGCAAGUUCUACCAUCGGCCUCGGCAUAGCAUAUCACAAGGUUGGCCGGUAUGAUGAUGCAUUAGAAUUUUAUGAUAAAGCAUUGUCACUUACCAAAAAACGUGAGGGUAUCCAAAGUGACUUUAAUGCUGUCGUCAGGGCUGUUGAUUUGGAACUCGAAAAACUGAGCGGAAAGUCUGAUGAAUAUCGUAUUGACAAAUUUGUAAGCGACGCGUUGCAGAGCACAAUCUGGACUCAUCCUGGAAUAUUCAAAGGCGAGCAUUAA